UUGAGACUCCUCUGCCACUUUGGGGCUGUGAGCAGAAUCCUGUGCCACUCCUUCUCAAGGGGAGCAAGAGCCCUUCACUGAAAUCCUGCCACCAUGCUGGGGCUGCUGCUGCUGCUGCAGGUGUUGGCCAGCUGCCUGUGGCUGGGACACAGCGAGGUGCUGAACUCCUUUGAUAAUUGUCUUCAGUUCUUCUAUGCGGGGACCAUUCCAAAUGAUGCCCUGAACCCAAAGAAGCCAGCCUGGAUCUGUCAGCGCUUCAGGAACGCGUAUCACUAUGCCACCCUGUACGACAGAGACGGGAGAAUCCCUGUCUACUCUGCUUACAUCUACCACCCUGUUCCGGGCAAAAGACCUAAAUCAUGGUUUGUUGAGCCUCAGCUCACAGGUAAAAGUAAUCUCAAAGAGAUGGAAUCAGAGAAACGCCUCAUAGAUCAAUACAAAAUCUCUGCAGAAGAUAUCAAAGAGAGCCAGGCUGUAUGCGAUGACUACAGAGAACUGAAGGGUUUGGACCGUGGCCAUUUGAAUCCCAGUGGCCAUAUGGAUAACGAUGUGAGUAAAAUGGCCACCUUCACCCUGACCAACAUAGUGCCCCAGGACAGCGAUCUCAACGAUAGACAGUGGAGGGUCUACGAGGAUAUAAAAAUGAUUGAAAAGACCAAGGGCUGUACAACCACCUACGUGAUCACGGGUGCUGUGCCUGGGAAGAAUUCCGUGUCCAACGGGAGGGUGAACAGACCCAGCCACAUCUGGUCAGCUGCCUGCUGCCUGGAGAACGAAAAGCCUGCAAAGGCUUGGGGGGCCAUUGCUGAGAAUGACAAGAACCAGGUGGAGGAGCUGAGCCUGGGGAAGCUGGAGGAGAAGUUGACUGAGCUCUAUGGUAAAACAGUUACCUUGUUCAACAACGCCUGUCCCCGGCAAUAAGCCUCACAUCGUCAUUAGAAUAGGCUCGGUGGCUUUUCCCACAAGUCACAGAAUCACAGAAUCACAGAGUGGGUUGGUUUUGAUGGGACCUUAAAGCCUUAAAGAUCAUCUCAUUCUCACCUGUCUGCCAUGGGCAGGGACACCUUCCACUACACCACCUUGUUCCAAGCCCUCCCCAGCCUGGCCUUGAAGCCCUCCAGGGAUGGGGCAGUCAAAACAGCUCUGGGUAACUUUUACUCAUAGCACAGCCUGCUCAGGGUGAUUCACUUCUUUAUAAUAUCCCAUCUAACCCUGCCCUCCAUCAGUGUGAAACCAUUCCCUCCUGUCCUGUCCCUCCAUACCCUUGUCCAAAGACCCUCUCCAGCCCUCCUGGAGAUCCUUGAGGUACUGGACCCUCAGCAGUCUUGUCCAGGCUGAACAUGCCCAGCUCUCUCAGCCUCUCUCCAGAGCAGACCUGCUCCAGCCCUUGGAGCACCUUCAUGGCCUCCACUGGACUCCACUCCACCAGCUUUGUAUCCUUCUUGUGCUGUGGGCCCAGAGCUGGAGGCAGCAGUGCAGGUGGGGCUUGAGCAGAGCAGAGGAGAGGGGGACAAAUGUCCUGGGCAGAGGCUGUGCUGCUUCCUUCUCUGGUGUGUUUCCAGCUGUGUCCCUCAGGGCACCUCCUGCUCUGCUCAAAGGCACAAAGAUGUGGGCAGAGCCUGCAGCUGCUUUGCUUUUCUGCCCAUGUCAGGAGAGAGCUCUGAGGAACGAGUCCUCUCCUCCUCAGCUGUCCCCAAGAGUGUGCAGCUGACUUGUCCCUCACCUCCUUAGCAAAGCUGUGGCGCCAGGGCACCUCAGGGUGCCCAGAGAUCCUGCCUGGAGAUCUCCAUGUCUGGAGAUACCCAAAGCCCAACAAUACAUGAUUCUGGACAACCUGCUCUAGCUGAUCCUGCUGCAGCCUGGAGUCUGGACUAGAAGGUCCUGAGAAGUCCCUCCAAACCACAACAAUUCAGUGAUUCUCUGAUCCUGGCACAUGCUUUUGUUUGCUUGCUUUUGGAACUGCACCUUGAGAGCAGCAGCUGUUGUAUCAGACAGGCAGGCUUUGGCAUCAGGUCCAUAGAGAGCUUGGAGCAGCCAAAGCUGAAUUCCUGUGCUGCACUCCUUGGACACCUUCAUGCUCUGCUCUGCUUCUGAAGCUUUUCUGCAGCUUGAUGGGAAACUGAUUUGGGGAAAUGUAUUCAAUGGUUGUCAAAGAUCAAUGUGUGCCCCAUCAUGGAUUUUGCAAGAGCUUACAAUAAAAGGGAUUUGCAGCAGU